AUCCCAACGUCCAGUUGCGAAGCCAUAAAUGCACUCAACGAUCGAUCUCUCUUCCUAUUAAUGCCCUCUCACUCACUGCUUCUCUUCUCAAACUCAUCGAAUCCGCCAUGCCGGACCUCGACACCACCGCGGCGCCAGGCAAGUUCCGGUACCGGAGGCUGAGAUACAGCGAGGAAUUUGAGGAGGCGUUUGGAAGAUCGAGAGGAGGAGAAGAGAGGAGGAGGAGAUUCGUCGGAAGAUCGAAGCGGUGGUUCAGAAUCAGAAGGGCUUCGAUUGGGAGGAGGUUGAAGAAGCUCAGAGUUCCAAGCCUGAGAAAGCUGUUGAGAAGGAAAUCGCGGCUGGUGACGGCCAUGAGAGGCUCGAUUGCGAAGGUUGUGAAGAGGUUUAGGGAAGGGGAAGCGUAUUUGGGGGAUCUUUUUGCUGGAAAUUAUUUGUUUCUUCAGGUGAAUCCCAGCUCCAUCAAAUGCCAUAAAAAUCACCAUUCUGCCCUUCAAAAUUUCGCCCCAACUUAUUCCCUCAACCUCUAACUAAAUAUUUGUAUUUCUUUUCCUCUUUUUUUUCAUUUUAAAUUAUGUUUUCUUAUGAGUUAUCAGAUCUCUGCUUUGAAUGUGAAGUAGUUUGAUGAA